AUGUCGCGCGCGCGCGCGGCGCUCGACGCCCUUCGCGCGCGCGCGGUGCCGAUCGAUCGAUACCUCAACCUGCGAUCGCUCCAGCGCGCGGACGCGGAGACGUUUUAUCGCGUCCUCGUGAGCGCGCCCAAGGAAUUGAUGCCGUUCGUGUACACGCCCGUCGUCGGCGAGGCGUGCGAACGGUAUCACGACCUCCCGGUGCGUGCGCACGGGGUGUACAUCACGGCGGACGACGCGGGGAAGGUUGGGGCGAAGCUGCGAAGGCACUGGAGAGAGGAGAUGCGAUGGGUGCGGGACGCGUGCGGAGGGGCGACGCGAGGGGUGGAGACGGGUGCGACGGACGAUCCGGUCUCCGUGGCCGUGGUCACGGAUGGGGAACGGAUAUUAGGUCUCGGUGAUCUCGGGGCGGGAGGGAUGGGGAUCAGUGAGGGGAAGAUUUUGUUGUACACGGUGUGCGCCGGGGUGCACCCGUCGACGUGCCUCCCGGUGUGCCUCGACGUGGGGACGAACAACGAGCGAUUGCUGAACGAUCCGAAUUAUAAGGGACUUCGAAGGAAGCGGUUGAAGGGCGAGGCGUACGACGCGCUCGUGGACGAGUUUAUGCGAGAGAUGCGCGCUUGGCAGCCGAGCUGCUUGGUGCAGUUUGAGGACUUUGGCAACGCGAACGCGUUUAGGAUUUUGGAAAAGUAUCGCCAUAGCGGGCCGUGUUUCAACGACGACAUCCAGGGCACCGCGGCGAUCACGCUCGCCGCUCUGCUCGGCGCGCUGCGGGUGACGAAGGGGAAAUUGGAGGACCAGAGGGUGUUGUUUUACGGCGCCGGAGAAGCCGGCGUCGGCAUCGGAGAGUUGAUCGCCAUGGCCAUGGAAAAGACCGGAAUGUCUCACAAGGAGGCAAUGGAGCGCUGCUAUUUUAUGGAUUCGAAGGGUCUUGUGUGUAAAUCCCGUCUCGAUGGGCUUCAACCGCACAAAGUUGCGUUCGCGCACGACGUCCAGUUCCAACCGGAUUUGCUUUCAGCCAUUGACGCCAUCAAGCCCACGGCGCUGAUCGGUGUGAGCACGAUCGGCCAGGCGUUCACGGAAGACGUGGUUAAACGUAUGUGCUCGAUCAACGAGCGGCCGAUCAUCUUCCCGCUCUCCAAUCCGACGUCGAAAUCGGAGUGCACAUUCGAGCAGGCGAUGGCGUGGAGCGACGGCAAGGUCGUCUUCGCGAGCGGAUCGCCUUUCGAUCCCGUGGUUCGCAAGCGCGAUGGCGUUACCGUGUUUCCGGCGCAAGCGAAUAAUGCCUACGUGUUCCCGGCACUCGGUUACGCUGCAGCACUGACGCACGCGACGCAAGUCACGGAUGAUUUAUUCCUCGCUGCCGCCGAGUCGCUCGCAGGCAUCACAUCUGACGCAGAGAUCGACGCCGGUCACCUCUUUCCGGACAUGAACUCCAUCAGAGACGUCUCGGUGACGCUCACUGCGGAGAUCUGCGAGAUGAUCGUCGCCAAAAGUCUCGGCCGCGCGCCGAGCGGCGUCUCCACGCACGAGGACUGGUUGAAGUACAUCGCCAGUCACCAAUACGACCCGGGCGAGGAGCAACCGAUCGCCUCAAAGCUCUGA